UCUACUUGGGAAACAUGACUUCAUGUAAAAUCACUGACUUGAUAAAACAGACAGAAAAGUUUUCCUAUUCUUUCGAAGUAACUCCCGAUGUGACGGUUGAAGAUAUAAACAACCUCAAUGUGGAACCAGUGUUUUUCUCAGUGACAUGGCACGCCAAAAAUCACAAGUGCGAAGACUUAGAUAUAGCACCUUUAAGGAUGGUUAAAUUUUUAAGAAGCAAACAACAUCCUGUGUUAUUGCACUUGACUUGUGAUAUGUUGAAAAAGGAUUACUUGGACCAAGUGCUGGCGUUACUACAGGAGCAAAAUGUUUGCAACCUGCUUGUUAUGUUAGGAGAAAAAUAUGACGCCGCUACUUCGGAUUUUAAAAGCGCCCGAGAAUUAGUAGCCUACAUAAGGGCGAGUACAGGAAAUUAUUUUUGCCUAGGUGUGGCUGGAUCUCCUGAUCAAACCGGAGAGAAACUAUUAAACCUUAAAGAAAAAAUCGACAGUGGAGCAGAUUUCAUACUUACACAGGCAUUUUUUGAAAAAGAAGUUUUUAAUAACUUUGCAAAAACUUGCAAAGAGAUCGGGAUCACAGUACCCAUAAUACCGGGUGUGUUCCUGUUCGAAAAUUUAAAACAACUGAAUGGCUUCAUUAAUCUUUGCAAGGUAAAAGUUUCCCAAGAUUUACUGGAAAAAUUAAAAAACAAAGAAGAAUCGAGUAUAACGGGACAAGAAAUUGUAAAGAAGUUACUGCAAGACUUGAUUGCCGAUAAUGAAAUAAAACAUUUUCAUUUCUUUACUUUGAACAAGUUGGAUAUUGUGUCUGAUUUCGUUAAAGAACUUUAAUAGCUUUAAUAAAUGUAUCUACAUAGUUAAUCUAGUACCUACAGUUGGGGCCCAUUUCUCGAACGGUAUGAGACUAAUAUUAUUAGUCUACGAACUGAGGCCCAUUUCUCGAACGGUAUUAAACUAAUA